GUAUGAAAUCUUUACCUUACGGAGUUUAAAAAAAAAGGGUCCUCACGCCUCUCGUUAUCUUUCCCUGUACAACGACAUAUCGCAGGGCACAGAUAAAACCUAGUUUCAGAGCACAUCGAGCAGGAAGCUACAACUAUUUUCCAUCAUUAGCGCGCGACAUUGAUUUGCUGCUUUAAAAUCAUAAGAGCUUGCGAAACUGGCACUUAACCGGACUCUCAUACAAUACAAGUUCCCUCAGCCUCUUCGUCUGAUCACAGAGAGAGUCAAUUUUUAUUCUGCAAUAUUCCUUCAUUAAUUACUCUAGAUUAUUUAAUUUCCAUUGAAGCAGGCUUGCUACAUAAACUGUGGGCAUGUCUACUGCACUGACACCUUCUAAGAGACCACAUGAUUGGAACGCUAGUGAGACAAAUGGGAAAGGAAAGUGGCAAAAGACAGCUGGCCUUAAUUCCCCCAAUCUAUCCUUGAAAUCCUUGAAUGGUGUAGUUUUCCGAAUACUCUGUCCUGCUUCCAAAACAGGUAGUAUUAUUGGGAGAGGUGGUACCAUCAUAUCACAAAUCCGUCAAGAAACUGGUGCAAAGGUCAGAGUUGAGGAAAUUGUCCCCGGAUGCGAUGAGAGGGUAGUUGUUAUUGUGGGUUCUGAUAAGGAUAUCGAAGUCAAUAAUGAGCAGAAUGGGGAGGAUGGUGAUAAAAAUGCUGAUGUGGUUGAAGAGGGUGAUGAUAAAAAAGACCAUGUUGAGGACAAUGAAAAUAAGGAACUUGUUCCUGCAGUUGACUCGUCAAAGUCUGUAAAGGAAAUAUCAUCCUUGCAGAAAGCCCUGGUACUUGUUUUUGAAAGAAUAGUUGAAGCAGAACCAGAAACGGUUGGAAGGGAUGAGGAAAAUAGCAAGCCCUCUAUGUUCAUUUUGAGGUUACUUGUACUUUCCAGUCAAGUUGGCUGCCUUUUGGGAAAGGGUGGUAGUGUAAUCAAGCAAAUGUCUGCAGAAAGUGGGGCACAGAUUCGGAUUCUUCCUAGGGAUAAACUUCCUGCAUGUGCAUCACCUUCUGAUGAGCUAGUUCAGAUCACAGGAGAGGUUGAUGCAGUUAGGAAAGCUCUUCAAUCAGUUGCUCAGCAGCUUCUGGAGAAUCCACCCAGGGAUAAUGACUCUUUCCCUGCCAAUUCUACAGGGCCUUCAUCUCAUUCAUUUGGUUAUCCUCUUCCUAGGCCAGAAGCAUAUCCACCACCAUACCAUUCUUUUAAUGCUCGUGGAACAACUUAUGGUGCUGGACCUCGGGACUUUCAUGAAAGUGGUAUCCCUGGUCGAAUGAAGCCUACUUCAGAUAUAAUAAACUUUCGCUUGCUAUGUCUUGAUGAGAAGGUAGGAGGCGUCAUUGGAAAAGGAGGAACUAUAAUAAAAACCCUUCAGCAAGAAACAGGCUGUGAUAUCAAAGUUUUGGAAGGGGUUUCUGAUUCAGAGGAUCGCAUUAUUCUCAUUUCUGGUCCAGUGCACCCAGAUGAUAGAAUAUCAGCUCCACAAGAUGCAGUUCUUCGUGUACAAACCAGGAUUGCUAGGGCAUUACCUUUACCUGAUGGUAAAGAGAAGACUGUGAUUGCUAGGCUUCUUGUCUCCUCAAAUCAAAUUGGUUGUCUCCUUGGUAAGGGUGGUGCCAUCAUGGCAGAAAUGAGGAAGUCAACUGGAGCCUAUAUUCGUAUACUGGGGAAGGAUCAAGUUCCAAAAUGUGCUUCAGAAAAUGAAGAAGUGGUUCAGAUAAAUGGAGAGUAUGAAGUAGUUCAAGAAGCACUUCUGCAGAUAACCGCUAGGUUGCGCAAUCAUUUCUUUCGUGAUGUAUUUCCAUCUAUAGACCAUCCCUCCAAUCCUGCCUUCAUGGAUCAAAUGCCUCCAUUUCCUCCAUAUGUGGGAAGAAGGGAGCUCUCCCCUCCAUUCCAUGCAUUUCAUAAUUUUGAUGGCAUGGGCGGUCCACCUCCACAUGGUUUCCGUCCUCAUGAUGAUCAUUCUCCUUUCAUGCACAAUAUUCAUAGAUCAGGCUUGCCCCCUCAUAUAUCCGAAAGAAAACCUUGGGGUCCUCAGGGACUUAUUGAAGGUGGUCCCCCCAUGGGCUUGCCAGACUUUGGACCCCCCCAAAGAAGACAUUCAGGUUUUGGAGGGGUAAACACUCCGGCUAUUAUCACCAGCACUACUGUUCAAGUCGUUAUUCCUCGUUCUGUGGUCCCUGUAAUAUAUGGAGAAGAUGGUUCAUGCCUGAAACAAAUUCACCAGAUUUCUGAUGCUAAAAUUACAAUUACCGAGCCGAAGCCUGGAGCAACAGAAACUGUGAUUAUAAUAUCUGGGACACCUGAACAGACCCAUGCAGCUCAGAGUCUCAUUCAAGCAUUUGUGAUGAGUGAAAGGGAGUCCACUUCGUCUUUACAAUAAGCCAACAAGGUAAUGUUUGUGAUCAGAUGCACUCCCCCUAAGCCCUGGAUUGGCAUUUGUCAAUUUAAGAUAGAGCAUAUUCACUUCACAUGCUCCCCUGUACAUACAAGCUCGGAUACUUUUUUUUUUUCAAUAUUGUUCUUGUUAUUGUAUCUCGUAUUUAUUUUACAGUUCAUGGAAGAAACUAAAUGCAUGACUGUUGAUACUAUGAUGUCUUCUUUGAAUGUUGGAGGAUGCCGUUAAUCUAAUUUGGCAGUUUUUGUGAGUA